AAUUAGAUGCUCUCUCUGAAAGUACAAUAAAUCACCUAGUCCAUCUUCUCACAUGGCAUAAGCUAAAUUUGCCCAGUCAUUUCCAUGCCUUCUCGUUGAAUGUUGACGCAUUUAGACACGGUAAAAAAGGUCAUUCAAUAUAUAGUACUAGUAAUAAACCGAAUAUACCGGGAAAAUCCUCUUUGCUCUUAACGGCUCUUUUAACUGUUAUUUUCUUUACUCCUACUUAACUUCAUCACAUAAGCAUAUGCUCUUACAAUAUUCUUCUUGUUACUUGUACCUCUAUACCCUUUUUUCUCUUUAUAAAUCUCCUCAUUUUUCUCUCUUUCACGUUACUACUAAUCACUGAUUAUCACAUUCAAAGGGCAUUUUUUUUUUGUCACAUAAAUAUUGUUUUCGAUGUCAAGUCUUACUUUUGUUACGAGCUGCAAAUAGCGUGACAUUUAAUUGACUUCACUCGCUCUAUAAAUUUUUACUUACAAAAAAAAUAAUGAAGUUUGGGAAGCGUUUGAAGCAACAAAUUCAAGAGACAUUGCCCGAGUGGAAGGACGAGUUUUUGUCAUACAAGGAGUUAAAGAAACUUGUACGUUUGAUCUCGUCGACGCCACCACCGGAAAAUUGGUUGAACGGAUCACCUUCACCGGAGUUAUAUUGCAAGCCUGAAUCUGAAUUUGUCUAUCUAUUGAAUAAUCAGAUUGAUAAAUUCAACACCUUUUUCAUGGAGAAGGAAGAGGAUUUUAUUAUUAGGCAUAAGGAAUUACAACAGAGGAUUCAGAGAGUUCAGAACACAUGGGGAACAAAUGGAAGAAAUCCCUCUGAAAUAUGUUACAAAGAAGAAAUGGGAAAGAUUAGAAAAGACAUAGUCAAUUUCCAUGGUGAAAUGGUACUUUUAAUCAACUACAGCAACAUCAACUACAUUGGUUUGGCUAAGAUCCUGAAGAAGUAUGACAAAAGAACAGGCAGUUUGUUGAGGUUGCCAUUCAUACAAAAGGUGCUUGAACAACCAUUUUUUACGACGGAUUUGAUAUCGAAAUUAAUCAAGGAGUUAGAGUCUACAAUAGAUGCAGUUUUUCCUGCUGGUGUUGCUGUUGAAGAUGAAGAUCAAGUAGUAGAAGAUACUAGGAAAACAAGUAAUAAAUAUGAGAUACAACUAGUAGGUGAAGGCAUAUUUAGAAAUACAGUGGCAGCUUUGCUAACUAUGCAAGAAAUAAGGAGAGGAAGUUCUACUUAUAGUCAUUUCUCUUUGCCUCCUCUUAACUUGCCUGAUUGUGAGAUUGUACAAUCUAUCCAAGUUUCUUCUUCUAUACCACUUCUUUAGCUAUAUUUUGUUUUUUCUUCUUCUUAUUAUACUAGAUGAAGUGAUGUCAUUUUGAUGACCAAAAAUUGUUAUAUAAACACUUAAUUAGUGUAUAAUUUAAGUAGAUUAUUGUCUAUAUAGUACUUUUUAGGCCAGGGGAAUUCUGUCUUAAAGUAUGUGAUCUUGAAGAUAAUUGUCAUGAGUAUAAAAGUAUAUAUUGAUGGCAAUUCUCCUUUUGAUCUAGAAUGAAAAUCUAUGUCAUGACUCAUAGGAGAACUAUUGCUUAAAGUAUGUGAUCUUGGAUAUAAUUGUCAUGAGUAUAAAAGUAUUUAUGACCA